UUUGUGGUUCGUUUAGGCCAUGCAGCAUCAGUGAUGGCUCACCAGCAGCAGCAGCAGCGCAGUAAAGGUGCGAAAGUGAAUGAUAAUGUGAGAGAGUUGAAAGUCGUGCUGGUCGGGGAUAAACGUGUGGGGAAAACGGCUGUGAUCCAGCAAUUGGUCUACGAACGAUUCCUCGACUGCUAUACGCCAACAAACUUCGACACGUAUGGAAGACAGUGUGAAGUCGGCGGAUGGCUCGUGAAUUUCGCUCUCUGGGACACUUCAGAUGUUGUCGGUCGCGGCCCGAAGCGAGGCAGCUCCAGCAUCCGGUUGAAACCGGACCCCAAAACGUGCUGUAUUUCCGAGGCC